GACGUACCUUUUUUCUUCUUCUCUCUCUCUCUGUGUUGCCUCGCUUAAAUCCGAAGACCUGUUUAGGUGGAAGCUGCACUGACGAAUCCGAGCCUCUUCAGAGUAAGAGGCGCUACGCAGCUGCGCAAGGAAAAGCUGUUGCGGAGGCGGCCACAACCUUUUAGCUACCCUGCUUCGGACGGGGCUGUCCGGUUCAUCGCGCACUCCCCCCAAACACAUUCCUACACUGGCGGGAAUUCACUCUUGACUCUGCUCAGACGACGAGUGGCCUUUCCUCAGCAUGUAUCCCUCUGCUGCCAAACGUGGGAAUGGCCGCCAGGCUCGUUUUGACGACGCACACCCCGCACAAUGCACGUUUUACUGGCACGCCCACGCGAAUGCGUCGGAGCUUGUGGUGUCCCAUCAAAGGCCGGCGACGGUGCUAGACAUGCUCUUCUCCGUGUACUGCCACACACAGUGCUGCCCUCCAGAUAUGCAGCGCUCAUACACCGCGUGUAAUGGAGAAAGCGCGUUCGCACAGAGUGACGCGACGGCGGUGCAGAGUCAGCGAGAGGAGUACAGCUGUGUCGAAAUCGAAAAGACUCGAGCGCCGUCUCAAGCAGAUGCUGCCAGACACGGGUUUUCUGUGCUUCACCGCACGAUAACGCCAGAUGUCGCAGACGGCAUUUUGAAUUCUUCUUCUUCUUCUGCUUGUUCUGGAGAGGAAACCACACGUGCCAAUGGACGCCGCGGAACGGAGCGCUGGAGGCUGCCGGACUUGUCCGCACAGAACUCUGCCGAGGCGCCUCCACAGCAACUCACUGGAAAGCAGCGGCAGACUCUCACCAAGUUAAACUUGCUGACGCUUCCAAUUGGGGGAUACAUCUCCAUGUUCUCGUCCAAGGCCGAGUACACGCGAUUCACGCGGUGUUAUCGCACCAGCCUUAUCAACGUUGCAGACGUUCUCGAGUGCUGGAUGACUUUGGUGCGAUGCGUCAGCCGGUGGAUUUUGAGUUCCAGACGAUCAAAAGAGCCACCGCAAAUGCAGGAACCAGCGACGACGGACAGGGAUGCCGGCACGUCUGCCGUGCCGAGUGACGCAGCGAAGUUUGAUUUCAUUUCCCGUUGCUUUCCAGCUGCUUGGGCGGACUCUGCACGAUCAACGCGUGCUGAUGCGGGCGCGACGUGCCCCACGCCCGCAGCAUUGGACAUCUCCGGUGUAUAUGUCCAUCGCACAAGCACCUCCGACUAUGAACUGGGCAUCGUUACCGGCGGUGCGCAACCAUGCCAUGAGAGCGCGAAGAUUGUGGCCUACUUCGCUCCACUGCUUGGGGUACCCCUAUCCUUUGUGCAUACCUCGCUGCCCAUCGGUGCUGCGUUGCGUGGCGUGUCGCUGAAGCAUUGGUGGACACCGCAGGAAAGCCGCGUUACACCUGGCACCUGUCUCGCACCCAUCCAGAUUGUCUUGGACGAACUCUGCCGCGACGACGACACCUGUCCACGCACCACGCUGGCUCGAGACGUGGGACACGACGGAGACACCAGCAGCAGCAGCACCCGAGAGAGACGCUGUUUCUUCUGCGGCUACGAGGCCGUUUCCUGGUUCCUGACGCGUCCCGUUUGUUCGCAGUUGCACGGCACGUGCAAGGUCACCCUCCCGCACACGCCGGCUUCCUGUGCGGUGUACACGAAGGAGACUACACCCGUGCGGAGGCGAGAGGAAGGGCCCGUCUUUGGCACGCACCCAGCUCCCUCGCCACACGUUGCGAGUGCACCUCCGCUGCCGUUGGGAUCGGUGAACGUGAUGCGGCUCUCCUCCGGGAUCAUACGCGCCUCCAUCUGGUUUACCGACCUCUGCGUGACGGCCACAGGGGAGCACAUGCUGGCGGUGGAGGUGCGUCCGGCAGCGGCCUUCCGACCGUUUGUUGCGACGCUCUGCGACUACGUAACUCCUUUUCUUGUGGUGCCAGCUACCGAGGGACGUUGA